CGCGCCCGGGCCCGCGCGGAUUGGCCGCCCUCGCGGCCAGGUGAGGCGCCCCGCCCCUCGGCGGCUCCAGGUGCGGCGGAGGGACCCGGGCCGAGGCCGGGGCGGGCGGCCGGGGCGCCAUGGCCGAGUCCCAGCUGGGCUGCCUGGACGAGGCGCACGUGAACGAGCGUGUGAGCGAGGCGCAGGCCGCCUUCUACUACUGCGAGCGGCGGCGGGCCGCGCUGGAGGCGCUGCUGGGCGGCGGCGAGCAGGCCUACCGCGAGCGGGUCCAGAAGGAGCGGCUGCGGGACUUCCUCUCCAGCCAGGAGCGCCAGGCUCUCCGCGCCGCCUGGAGCCCCUACGAGGACGCCGCCCCCGCCGCCCGGGGCAAGAGCAAGGCCAAGGCCAAGGCCCCGGCCGAGCCCAGCGAGUCCCUGGCCUACUGGCCGGACCGCUCCGACACUGAGGUGCCCCCGCUGGACCUGGGCUGGACCGACACUGGCUUCUACCGCGGUGUGAGCCGCGUCACCCUCUUCACCCACCCCCCCAAGGAGGAGAAGGCGCCCCACCUCAAGCAGGUGGUCAGGCAGAUGAUCCAACAGGCCCAGAAGGUCGUUGCUGUGGUCAUGGACCUCUUCACGGAUGGCGAUAUCUUCCAAGACAUUGUGGACGCUGCCUCAAAGCGCCGAGUGCCAGUGUACAUCAUCCUGGAUGAGGCAGGCGUGAAGUAUUUCCUGGAGAUGUGUCAGGGCCUGGAGCUCGCUGACUUCCGUAUUCGGAACAUCCGUGUCCGCUCUGUGACAGGUGUUGGCUUCUACAUGCCCAUGGGCAAGAUCAAGGGGACCCUGUCAUCAAAGUUCUUGAUGGUAGAUGGUGAGAAAGUAGCCACUGGCUCUUACAGGUUCACCUGGAGUUCCUCCUACGUGGACAGGAACCUUCUCCUCAUCCUGACAGGGCAGAACGUGGAGCCCUUCGACGUGGAGUUCCGGGAGCUAUAUGCCAUCUCCGAGGAGGUGAACUUGUACCAGCAGCUGGGCCUGGCAGGAGGUGCUGGCAGGCUUGGCCUUAACUACACCUCCACUGUGGCUCGAAAGCUCAUCAACCCCAAGUACGCCCUGGUGUCAGGCAGCCGCCACCCACCGGGGGAGAUGAUGCGCUGGGCCGCCCGACAGCAGCGGGAGGCCAGCGGCAACCCAGAGAGGCAGGAAGAGGGCAGCGGAGGCGGCGAGGCAGCCCGGCGCCUAGAGAGCUUCCUGAAUGACCUGGUCACACUGGAGCAGGUGCUGCCCUCCGUGGAGCCCGUUCCCUUGAGAGAGCUGAUUCGGAAGGAUGGCAGGGUGGUCUCUCACCUGCAUAUGGACCUGAAGCCCAAACCCCGAGACGCUCUAGCCCGUAACGGCAAGGGAGAAGCUGCCAACGGAGAGGCCACCCCAGCCAAGGAGGGCAAGCGCUUUAGCAGCAGGUUCUUCAGCCGACGGGCCAAGAGGCCUGCAGCGCCCAACGGCACAGCCAGCUCCCUCUCCACUGAGACCUUUGCCGAAGUGGAGUUUGUGAUGGGGAAGAGGCCCAACGAGGGCUCCAGUGCCGACAUCUCAGGUAAAACAAGUCCCAGUCCUGCCAAGACCAGCAAUUGCGUGAUUUCCUGAGCUGUGGGCCAGCAGUGGGCAGGACCUGUGGAUGCCCCCCUGUCCUGUCCUGUGGAGAACACAGGUCAAACCCUGCAGUUUACACAUCAGAGCCCUGCUGGCCUCCUGCCCCAGCAGCCUUCAUCCUGGCCUCAGGGACCCUGAAUCACAGAUGUGAGGGUCUGCAGCAUCUCAAGAUAAUCACACGCCUCCACAAGACUGUCGGUGGCGGUGGCCGGGCAGGGGUCACUCCUCCUUGUUUACAUGAAGUGGAAGCUUCACUGGUAUCCGCUCUCCUUCAUGCCCGACCCCCUCCCUCCACUGGGCCAGCCUCGCCCUGCAGGUCCCUAGAUGGGGUGAGCCCAUGGCUUUAUACCUUAAUGUGAUGGGGUCUCCAGGGCAGCCCCAGCCCCCGACUUCUCCUUCCCUAGGCUUCUUGGUGCUUCUGGUCCCCCCAAGAGGUUGGUGGAAUAAAAGGGAGGAGGACAGGGCUCUGAGCCAAGGAUCCAGUUGCUCUAGCCUCUGAACUCAAGGUGGAAGGUGCAGGUGGGGCAGCUGGGGCACUGGCUGCUGUGGCCUUCCUGGCCCAGUCCCUACACUAGACUCUGAAUGAGUGAGGGGAAACCCUCCCCCUAGCCAGGGCCAGUAUUUGACAUUGCCAUUUUAAGAGCCCUCUACUGAGGUCUCCUUUCCUGCGCCAUCUUGGCAGUCUCUGCCCCAGGUGGUCUAGGCUUAUUUGGCUAUUGCCUGCUGCAAGCUGACAUGGUGGUUCUUCUAGUGCCUUUACCUGAGGCCACUCCCUCCCCUUCAUGUGCCUUGAUUUGCAGCCCAAGGCAGGGAGAGAGAGAGCUUGGCCGAGGGCCAGUUAGGAUGGUUUGGGAGGCAGGGCCCUGCAGACAGGAGCAUUUGUCUUCCACCCCCCACACACACCCCACCCCUGCCCCGAGAUGGCCCUCGGUCCCCUUCACCAGCCAGGACUUCCGUGCCUUCUCUAGCCACAUUUCAGCCAAAGACCAGCCUUAGCCUCCUGCUGAAAGCCCAGCUGUGUUGAGGAACCUCAGCUUCCCCAAAGGUGCCUGGCCUAAUUGCCACGAUGCCAGCCCACAGAGACCAGCCUAAAAUCGCACACUGCCCCCUCCCCACUUGUGUGACUGGGGGUCUGAGGAGAGAGGUCUUGAAUGGACAACAGAGAAAUUGCCAAAAUGCAGGCUGUGCGAGCCGGCUCUGCUCAGAGCCGGGUGCUGGGGCUCAGAUCCCAGGGGAGCCAAGGCUGCAGGCCCUGUGAAAGCACUGUGCGCAG